AUGGAGACUUCAGUAGAGAUUGAGAAGGGGAAAGGCUUAACACCAGAAGAGAUGCAUGCAGAAUCAGACUCUGUCUGCACCACCUUCCAGGAUAAUUCCACCAGCAUGAACUCAAUCCUGGAAUUGUUUCCCAAGUUAUUGCGCCUGGAUGGACAGGCAUCAUCUAAACUACCUGUCUGUGACACUGAAACUCAUAAGAAGUUACCAGCUUGCAAGGGAAGUUACUUCGGAUCUGAAAUGCUAAAGAAUCUGAUCCUACAAUUUCUGCAACAGUACUACAUGAUCUAUGACUAUGGAGAUCGGCAGGAUCUUCUUGAUGCUUACCAUGAAGAGGCCUGCUUCUCCCUAACCAUUAUCCACAACUUCAAGGAACAAGCGCCAAGUAACCUGGGUGACUAUUUGAAGUACAGCAGGAAUAUGAAGAAUCUCAAGGAUCCAUGUAUGCAGAGGCAGCUGCUAAAGCACAGGAAAUGUGACAUUGUGAACUCUCUCAAACUGUUGCCCAAAACCCAACAUGAUCUCAGUUCAUUUGUGGUGGACACAUGGUUCCAGACGGAAAAGAUGCUCUGCUUUUCUGUCAGUGGGCUGUUCCGGGACGUGGAAGGAAAUUCUCAGGGAUGUGUUCAUGUCUUCACCCGGACCUUCAUCACUACCCAUAGCAGCAAUUCAAGGUAA